GACAUAGAAGCAUUUAUUUGAGGUAGUGCACUUCAAAAAAUAGAUCACAAGAAAGAGAGGAAAAAAGGAAAGAAAAUAAGAUCAUGAGUGCUUUUGGAGUACCAAUAACAGAUGAAACCUUAAAAGCUAUGUCGAGGUAUAAAGACAAAACAAUAACACAAGAAGAUAGAGCAAGAGAAGCAGUGAGGCUGAUCCAUGCCGAAGACAAAAAUUUGAGUGCUCUCAACCAUUCAUUGACUCUUAAGUCUAGUUAUGGUGACGGAGUUUCCACACUUUGUCUUCUCUAUAAUGCUACUGGGGAUACCCUUGAGAUCGUGGAUGACCAAAAAAAGGAUUGGUUGGGUUAUGUUUAUAAGGAGGAGCCGCCACGGUCCUUCGACAACGGCCAGUGGCUCGCUUUCCUCCACGCACAUCCAACCUCGGAAGCUUAUGGUUGCGAAGCUGCUCGGGUAUACCGUGGAAAGAAUAUUAAAGGAGAUGUGCGUGACUUCCUGGUUGCUUGGUCUACCCCAUGGGGCUCCACACAAAAUGCAGCUUACACCGAGGUCCGUGAAAAGGACCACUUUCCAUCUUAUUGGGAUUACAUUAAAGAGCAAAAGCUAGAACAAGCUGGCAAAAUCACAAAGGAUGAGACAGACGAACACUGUGCCUCAACAGUCAGUAUUGGUGGCAUCACUUCGCCAGAAUUCAUUGCAAUACUCCAGCACAAAUUUAGCCCAUUGCCAUGAGGCAAAUCAACCCCUGAGUUCGUUGCACAAUAAUUAAUAAUUAAUAAUAAAAGUGCACUAAUCGUGUUUAUGUUAUGAGUGGUAUGCUUGAAUGCUCAAUAAUUAGUAGUCAAAGUGCACUAGUCGUGUGUAUGUUAUGAGAUGUAUGCUUGUAUUUCUAUUUUUUGUAUUUUCUUUUCUGUUUUUUUUCUUUCUUCAGGGAUGUACUCAAUACUCAUGUAUAAGUAUCAUUUUAAAUUUGUGUUAAUGCAGCGAGCUAAUAUUCUCAA